AUGGCAAGCGUCGACGGGAAGACGUUUCCCCCCAGGAAGUGGUACAGGAGGGUCCCUUUCUUGUCACAGAAACCAAUCGAGACGAGGCUCACGCAACGGCAUGUCGAUUCAAAGCCAGCAUUCUCUUCGAGUAGGGCGGAAAAUGGAGAGGGCACCGACAGCCAUGCACAUGAGACCGAAACGCCAGAAUCGAGGGCCGACCUGCUGUCCGUCAUCACAUUCAACUGGCUGGGCACACUACUGCGGACGGGAUAUAGUAGACCCCUUCAAACUGACGACCUUUACGACCUUCCCAGCACCAGGUUGGUCAUCGACCACGCCCGUCGCCUCGAGGAGUCGUGGGCCGCGAGGCGCGCGGCGAACAAACAACGUCGUCUUCCUGCGCGUUGGCUCUCCUGGAUACACUGCUGGACAAGAAGGACGACAGACGCGACUAUCCUGACACUUUCUCUAAACGACAUCUGCUUCCGAUGGUUCUGGUCGGGGGGGCUGCUCAAGAUGUUGGGCGACUUGACGCAGAUGGUGUCACCACUGCUCAUCCGCUUCCUCAUCAACUCGCUUAAUGAUCCGUCUCGGCAAGCAUAUCGAUCAGGCUUUGGCUUUGCCGUUGGCUUAUUUGCGGUCCUGGCCCUUUCUAUUGUCUCCAAUGUACACGGCUUCUACCGAUCUGCUUCGACCGGACUUUUGCUACGAGCAGCUCUUAUGCACGUAAUCUACCGCAGGUCAACAACUCAACUCACCGAGCGAGCAAGGUUGAAGGACGACCUGGGCGCAGGAAAACUGAUGAGCUUGAUGAGCGCCGAUGUGACACGUGUGGAUUUUUGCUGCAGCUACUUGCACUCUGCGUGGACAAGCAUUCUCCAGAUCAUCCUCUGUCUGGGCCUUGCCAUCUGGACAUUGGGAUACAGCGCACUGCCUGGCUUCGGCUUGUUGGCGUUGCUUUACCCUCUGCAGUCGCUCAUGAUGAAUAAUCUCUUCCGACUCCGUCGACACAGCAUGCCUUUUACCGACGCUCGUGUCAAGGCCGUCGUCGAGGCCGUGUCGGCCAUUCGUCUCGUCAAGACGAAUGCAUAUGAGAAGAGCCUGCUAUCCAAAAUUGGAAAACUGCGUUCUGAUGAGGUCGUUUACAUCCGCAAGAGAAUGUUGCUGCGGGCCCUCAAUAUUGCCGUCUCAUUCACGGCGCCUACUCUUGCAUCCGUGGUCAGCAUCGUGUGCUACGGGGUCGUCACUGGAAGUGACAUGCAAGCCGGUGUAGUAUUCUCGGGUCUAGCCUUCUUUCUACUCAUGAGGGCUCCCCUUGGUGCCUUGCCUAUCGCCAUUUCUGCAAUUGCUGACGCGCGAGCAGCGUUGGAGCGUCUAUCCAUGUUCAUGGUUGCCUCUGACGAGGCCGCUGCAUGCGAUGCUGCGUUGCGCAAGGAGCUCGCUCAGAAGAGCCGGGAAGCAGGGAGUGGUUGUGUUAUUGAGGUUGAAGAUGCCGUGUUCGCCUACCACGAUGAUGAACAGUUCCUGGCGGAUGACAGCGACAGCGACAGCGUCAUUGGCGAAAAGCCCCCUGCCGUUCCAUCUCAGAGACUGUACAUUGACUCGCUCAAGGUCAGAAAACACCAACUGGUCGCCAUUGUUGGCCCUGUGGCUUCUGGGAAAUCUUCAGUCUUUAGGGCACUUCUAGGCGACAUGCAUCUCGUCGAGGCACUUUCAUGCUCCAUCAACCUCGACCUCUCCGUGGCCCGGCAGCUGGCCUUGGCACCGCAGGUGGCCUGGCUGCUUAGUGAAACCGUGAGGGAGAACAUCGUCUUCGGCCGGCCGUUUGAUGCAGGCUGGUACGACGAGGUCCUCCGUCGGUGUUGCUUGCACCAGGACCUCCACAUGCUGUCUGACGGCGACAUGACUGUUGUGGGCGAGAAGGGAGUUUCUCUCUCAGGGGGCCAGAAGCAACGAAUCAGCCUUGCCAGGGCUGUAUACGGUCAAAGCCAACUCUUAUUACUGGAUGAUUGCUUCUCGGCGCUCGACGCUCAUGUGGGCGCUCGUGUAUUCGACAGCGUUGUCAAUCAGGCGCGCAGAAACAACGAGUGUACGAUUGUUUUUAUAACACACUCCAUGGCUUUAGCCCGCCAGGCCGAUCAUAUUGUAUACAUGGAUAAGGGACGCACUGUGGAACAGGGGUCGUUCGACCAUCUUGACAGCCUACGCGGACCAUUCCACGACUACAUUGGGUCAUCAAUGGCGCAAGACUCGAGCUUGCAUCAAUCUCCAGAGACCAAACAACCUGCUGACGCUGACAGAAACGCGGAGGUCCCUCCGGAGGGCGAAGACGAAGCAAGCCACGCAAAACCGCCAGACAAAAACAACGAGGAAGAAAAGGCCACCUCUGCCCCGACAGGCUCAAAAAAGCCAGGCACCCUAGAAGAAAGAGGCAAAGAAAUUAUGCAACACGAGGAGCGACUGAUCGGCACGGUCAGCGGAAAGACAUACCUGCGUUACAUGGGGCUUGGAAACGCAUGGCUCACGGUGCCCUUACUCUUGGCAGCCAUAGCCAUGUUCCAAGGAACCAGCGUUGUCUCCCCCCUAUGGCUUAGUUGGUGGCAGACUAAUAAGUUCCCGAGCAUAUCGGAGAGCGCAUACAUGGGAGGUUUCGCUGCGUUGGGUAUCGGACAGUCUCUCGGCCUGUUCCUCACAAGCAGCGUGUUUGCCAUCUUUUGCUUCUGGUGCUCCAACCAACUCCACGCCGCGGCUCUCUCUGGCGUACUAUUUGCCCCCAUGGCCUUCUUCGACACAACACCUCAAGGACGUAUUACGCAUCGCUUCAGCAAGGACAUGGAUGCCGUGGAUAACGUUGUCGGCGAGCAGUUGCGAAUCUUCAUCUCAACACUGGUACAGGUUAUGGGCACCAUUAUUGUCGUCAGCAUUAUCCUGCCCGUCUUCUUGGCUAUUGCCGGCGGUGUCCUGCUCAUGUAUAUCUGGACCGGCAUGUACUAUCGUCCUUCCUCACGAGAGCUACGCCGUCUCAACAACCUUCUUCGAAGCCGUGUUUACGAACACUUUGGCGAGUCCUUGUCUGGACUGCCCACCCUCAAGGCCUUUGGCGUUGUGGAGCGUUUCGUUGAUGACAAUGCUGCCAAGAUUGACACGGAGAACAAAGCCUACUGGCUCUCUAUUGCCGCCAUGCGCUGGCUCAACCUUCGUCUCGAUCUUUCUGGUGCCAUCCUCGUGCUGGGAGUAGGUCUGUUGGUUGUUGGGCUUCGCGACACCAUUGAUGCCUCCUCUGGGGGCGCAGUGUUGUCGUACAUGGUCACUGCCCAGGCUGCGUUCGGUAACAUGAUUCGCUUCAGCGCCGAGAUUGAGAGUAACAUGAACUCGGUCGAGAGGAUGCUUCAUUACGCGUAUGGCAUUCAGCAGGAGCCUGCGCAUGAUGUCAAGAGCGUAGACAAGCGCCUCAAGGAACAGGAAUGGCCAAGAAAGGGACAUGUACGGUUCCAGUCAGUCACUCUCAGCCAUCGCCCCGGCCUGGAUCCAGCGCUCAGAGGCGUGACGCUUGACGUCGGGCCUGGUGAAAAAAUUGGCAUUGUGGGGAGGACCGGUGCAGGCAAGACAACGUUGAUUACCUCUCUUCUCAGGCUUUGCGAGCCCACAAACGGACGAAUCAUUAUUGACGGCACGGACAUCCAUACGGUCGGUCUGCAUCUGUUGCGAUCACGCUUGUCCGUCAUCAGCCAAGACGCGGUGCUUCUAGCCGGCACGAUAAGAUAUAACCUCGAUCCAUUCCAGCAAUACGACGACGUCUGGCUGGCAAAGUGCCUGCGCACGGUUGGACUCGGCGGCGAGCAGAGUGACACCAAAGCCAUCAAGUCGACUGGCGGGGUGGUAAGCGAGUCGAGCGAUACUGGAAAGAAGCGCAUUCACGACGGCUCCAUCCUCGACCUUGACUUCGAAGUCAAAGAGAACGGAGCGAACGUAUCCCACGGUCAACGGUCGCUCAUCUCCAUCGCUCGCGCCCUCGUCAGACGAUCCAGAGUGGUCAUCCUCGACGAGGCAACAGCCUCAAUUGACGGCCGAGCCGAUAAGCAGCUUCAGGCGAUGCUGACCGAGAUCAUGGCGGAUGCCACAGUCUUUACCGUAGCGCAUCGACUCGAGACCAUCAUUGACUCCUGUGACCGGGUCCUGGUAAUGGACCGCGGCCGAGUCGCCGAGUUCGACAGCGCACCGAAUCUGUACGCCAGGCCGGACGGCUUGUUCAGGGCGUUGUGCGAUGCCGCCAAGAUGACGGUGGCGGAGGAGAAGAGUUGA